CCUUUCCUCUUACGUCUAUUUUUUUUAAAUAAACAAAAAUUCACACUCAGAAUGAUUUUGUUAUGACGCUUUGAAGAUGCCGCGUUUAUGGAUCUGUUUUUAUUGAGUCAUUACAUAAAUGAAGGAGAAAGCUGAUAUCUAUAUUUAUAUAGACAACCCGUGCGGGCCCCUACUGCAUUCUCUUUACACAUGCUGUUCGGCGAUUUCUCUGAUAAGUAAGUCCCACCGCUCCGCACAAUAGGAGGGAUGCUACAUCAUAUUCCUCGUCAAUCUGGCAUCUUACAAGUGAGAGAAUAAUUACUUUACAUUUAUAUCAAAGCCAGGGAGAAGAUACACUUUGUUUAUUAAGGGAAUACCGUAUUUCCAUUGAAGCGUGUUUUAAUAUUUAUACUUCUGAUCCUUGAGGCGAACAACAAAAUCACGCACGUUUUUAAAACGAAUUUGGAAAAAAGGCAGCUUAAUAGUGUGUAUCAAGUGGACAUUACAAUGGCGCAGGUUGAACUUCCAAGAUUGACGGAGGGAUACCUUGGCCCCCAGGCCAAAUUUUACCCGUACGGUUUGACCACUCUAUCCCACCCGGAUCCUGUCAUUCAUUCGGACACUAACCAAAUAGAAAUUGUUAUAGGAACAACCGAAAAAACGAGAUUUACCACCAAACUUUUGGGAGUGGAUCCAAAGGGAGAGUGUAACCAAUUUGUGCUUACACAGAUCCAAGGAAACGAGUACCAUUUCACAAUUGCAGUUCCUAGAACUGGAUUCUUUAAAUUUCAGAUCUAUGCUUUACCUAAUUCUGAAGCUGGGCCAAACAUGAUCAAUGUCUACAAUUACCUGUUAAAUAUCCAGAAAGUGGACAGAUAUGUGGAGGCAUUUCCAAAACAGUAUCCUCUUUGGAAACAGGAAGGGUGUUACCUUUAUGAACCGCUUAUGCUUAUGAAAGGAAUUAAAGAACCGUCCGUUAAAUUCCGGUUCUUGGUACCAAAGGCUGUGGAUGUUCAGCUGAAGGUUCACGAAGAUUGGAUCAAGAUGGAACAGGUUGAACCGAACAUAUACGAGGCUUAUGUAGAUUUUAGUGUUGGUUACCCUAGUGGAGCCAAAGUCAAACUCAACGUCAAAUCUGGACGCAGUCACAAAUUUGACACUUUACUGGAAUAUACAAUCUAAGUGUUUAAUUUGAUAAAAAGAUGGGUUUUUUUUCAGUUCGUUCUGUCUUGCAAUAUGAAUUGUUGUUUGAUAGCAGUGCCAUGUUUUGAAUAUAGUAAACGUUUGGUGCGUACUUUUCAAAUUAAAAAAAAAUGUUUUUAUUAAGAACUGGGCUUAUUGUUUAAGGAGAUAAAAAGAAAUGAAAUUCGUUUACUUUUGAUAUGUCA